AAUCGUUCCUAUUCUAACAUUCUCUUUGUAAUCGUUCCUUUAUUGCUUAUUUUUCCACCACAACUGUGUGAUAUCCGGAUUGUUCACCGGGCUAUUCCACUACCAUUAAGGAUUAACGAAGAGCUAGACUUGAGUCAAGAUUACAGCAAAAAAAAAGUGGCUAAAAAUCCUUUAGAAUCGUCUUCUUUAUAUACCCUUCAUUAUGACCUCAUACUUACCCAAAUACCAUAA